AUGACCUCCUCACCCGAAAUCCGUCCGGCGUCUUCUCAAGAUAUUCCUACUAUCUUGAGUUUAAUCCGUGCUGGCGCAGAAGAGCAAGCUCCAGGAACCGUUGUCACUGCAACCGAGGAACGUCUGGCAAGGACACUCCACUUGACAGACGUCACCGGCUCUCCCGAGUACCGUAUCGGACAUCCUAUAUUGGCCUUCUCACCUGAUGGGAAGCCCGCUGGACUGUUGAUUUACUUCUUUAACUACACGACAUGGGGAGCUUCUCCUGGAGUCUGGAUGGAGGAGAUUUACGUCGCCCCGGAAUACAGACCUCACGGAUACGCGCGGAAGUUGGUCGAAACUAUGACAUCAGCGGCCAAGAAAGCGGGUUGCGUAAAGAUGGAGUGGCUCUGCUGGAAUGGAUCAUUUGCUACAGUGGUUACUGUUGGCCACGCCCACCAGUGA